AGUCUUCAUCUCCUUCCGCCUAAGACGCCACUGGAUGACGAAGAAACUGGCUCCAGAAGGCGAGGCAUCUGCCACUGGAGACGAGGGCAUUAUCGGGCAGGAAGAUGCCACGAUCAUUGAAGUCAAAGGGGGCACGGAGGAAGGAGGGGGAGGAGGAGGAGGGGGUGGAGGUGGGGUAGGGUAUUCGUGCCCGGAGAAAGAAAAGCAAGUGGUCCUCGAAAGUCUCCAUCUUCAGUUGCCUGGAAUUCAGCAAACUGCGCCAAGUGAAGACAAGGGCUCGAACUCAAAUCUGGUCAGGCAGCCGCUGAGCCAAGAGUCGUUAGCGAAAGCAGCAGCCCACCUCUUGGAAGGGAGGUCACUGGAUGACCCCGUGGCGGCCAAAGAUGACCUCCGUGCUUAUGCUUACGAAGGGGAGGGGUCGUCAGCAGGCUCGCUCUCGUCUUCUCUGUCAGGUUGGUUGCUCCUUGGAGGCUUCUUGUGUUUAUAUUCAGUUCAGUUGAAGAUUGUUAAAAAGAAGACAUGGUAUUAUGACGAAGCACUGAACACUGAACAGGCUGAGAAGCAGGAACAGACUGAAGGCGAAGGGUCGGGCAAGGUCGGGCAAGGUCCGUUCCCAGGUACUAGUUAUCCUGGCGGAUGGAUUCAGGGCAAGUAG